AUGAUAGCAACCGGAGGAGUCAUAACAGGACUGGCUGCCUUAAAAAGGCAGGACUCUGCCAGAUCUCAACAACAUAUAAAUCUUGCCACAGCACCAGCUUCUGAGGAGAAAAAACCAGUUAAACGCCGGCCCAGGACAGAUGUAGUAAUCGUCAGGGGCAAAAUCCGUCUCUAUUCUCCAUCAGGAUUCUUUCUUGUUUUGGGAGUGCUUAUCGCAUUCUUUGGAAUUGCAAUGGCCAUCCUUGGAUACUGGCCCCAAAAGGAACAGCUUUUAGGGUCUGAAGAUAAGCUAUCUGUAAAUGAAACUCGGAUCCUGAGAAGCCAAGGAAGCAUUUUAAUUCGCUUCUUUGAACAGCAUGUGCACUCGGAUAAGAUGAAAAUGCUGGGCCCUUUUACUAUGGGCAUUGGAAUCUUCAUUUUUAUUUGUGCAAAUGCCAUUCUGCAUGAAAACCGUGACAAGGAAACAAAAAUAAUACACAUGAGAGACAUAUAUUCCACUGUAAUAGACAUCCACACCCUAAGGAUCAGGGAACAAAAGCAGCUGAGUGGUGCCUUCACUGGCUUGUUGGGGGAAGGAGAACUCAGGAGCAGCGGGAGCUCGUGUGCAUCACGGCUGGCUGCAAACACGGUUACGCCUUUCUCUGGCUUCAAGAGUAAUCUCAGAAUAGACAGUUCUGCUGAAGAAGAUGAGAUUACUCCAAAUGAAGAUAGGACCACUGGUAGCCUUCUGCCACCUCUGCUGACUGAGCAAUCUGGUUCAGUUUUUGGACUUUACCCUCACUCCAGCAAGACUUCAGAUGACAAAAACAUGAGCUCUAUAAAGUGUGAAACAAAAUCCAUUGUAUCAUCUUCCAUUAGUGCUUUCACACUGCCAGUAAUUAAACUGAAUAACUGUGUUAUUGAUGAGCCCAGUAUAGACAACAUAACUGAGGACUCAGAGAUCAUUAGGAGUCACUCUAGAAAUCUGUCAAUGGAUUCUCUGGCCAUUCCACUAGCUGAUGCCAACGAAUCCUACAGACCUGUCGCUGCCAUGCUGCCACGACACAACUCAUUUGUGGACACUCCUUCUGAUCAGUUCAAAUCUUCUAUGACUCUCGGACCAAGCACGGGAAAGCUUUUAUCUCCUGGUGCUGCCAGGAAGCAGUUUGGUUCCAACACGUCUUUGCAUCUUCUGUCUUCACAUUCUAAGUCCCUGGACUUGGACAGGGGUCCAUCUACACUCACUGUCCAAGCUGAACAAAGGAAACACCCCAGCUGGCCCCGACUGGAUCGAAGCAACAGUAAAGGAUAUAUGAAACUAGAAAACAAAGAGGACCCAAUGGAUAGGUUACUUGUGCCACAAGCAGCAGUGAAGAAAGACUUUACUAAUAAGGAAAAGCUUCUUAUGAUAUCAAGAUCUCAUAAUAAUUUGAGUUUUGAACAUGAUGAGUUUUUGAGUAACAACCUGAAGCGAGGAACUUCUGAAACAAGAUUUUAA